AGGAUGCGUUACCAGACAGCCGAGAAGCACUGCGUAUAUUGCUUUCUGAGUCAACAUUAGGGACCCCUGAUUGUUUGCGUUGUGUUGUAAAGGCAUUGCUCAAUUGCAUGAAAAGAUUUCCAAUUGAUCGUCAGUCAGUUUUCAGAUGUAUGAGCAAUCUGGGUCGCCGUCAUGCAACAUUCGUUCAGCUUUUGUGUGAUGAGUUGCUUGAAUUACAUUCUGUAUUUGAUAUUACAGAACCAGUAUUAGACGAUCAUUUUUAUUUAUCCAAGCUCAUACUGAUACUGAAUGCUGCAAGUGUUCAUGAUCCUAUAUCUUCGUUAUUGCCAUCGUUUGUUGUACGGCAUUAUAAUUUUCUUCGAUGCUCAAUGCCUAUUUUGGUACCUGCUGUUGCUGCUUUCUCGAAUGGAAGCACGUCAAAUAGUGAUAACUCCGAUAUCACCGUAGUUUUUUCUGGAGAACGGACUCGCUCCUUACUUGAGCAUACUUAUAAAAUGAUGCAAGAAGCCUCUCAAGCUCAAUCUUGUGACCAGCGUAUGAUUGAAAAAACUCAUUUGCUUAGAGAUAUGGAUGCUCUAUGUGAAAGUGAUGAAGAAGUAGCUGGUACCGCGCAAUUCUUAUCCUGUUUAUUAAAGAUUCUUACUCAGUGUGAACUCAGUGUAAAAAUUCUGUCUUAUGGAGGGGAUUUGCAUGUUGCACUGAGUGCUAUUGAUGAGGGUCUAAGACUUUUGGAACGUACCGAUGACGAAUUUUCAUCAGUUGACAAGAGAAUGAUGGGAACGCUUCAAGAGUUCCACUUUCAACUUUCUAUUUUACGCCUAGCUGUAUUAUUUGAAUUGGAACCUGGAGCUCAUGUCGACUCACAUCAGCUCAUAAAUUUGGAAGUGGAUCGAUUUAAGGAGCAAUUGCAGUUUUUAUCGGUAUCUCCAAGUGAGUCAAUGAUAAAUAUAUUAAUUGGAAUUAAAAGAAUUUUGGAUAAAUCAGAAGCAAAGAAGCUUGUUAAUGGUCUGAAUCUGUUUGCUUUGUUCCAAUCAAACCCAAUUUUGCUUCAAAAAAAAUAUACAUCACUCUGCGGCAUUUGUAUCAAAUGGGCCCAGAUUGUUGAACCAUCAGAAAUUCCUAAUGAACCAAUUCGUUUCGUUGUUGGAUUACCACUUGGAAUUUCGAUCAAUAUUAUAUUACAUAACUUCAACAAAGACGACAUUUCUCGAUUCAGAAUUAAGACGGAUUAUCCUGAUCGCAGUUCUACUUUGUUUCGCCCUCGAGGAAGUGAUUUUAAAGAGAUUGCUUCACAAACUUAUCGCCUUCUAUGUAAAGUGUUGGUUCAAGUGGAUAAUAUCUGGUCUGAAGCUGCUCGAAUUUAUUUUGGAUUCGUAUUGAAGUCACGGUACACUCCAAAUCCAGAAAUACCUUUAGUAAGCGACGGCGUCAGGUCACCGUACAUAACGAUUGCAGAAUCACCGUUUUCAAAGAGGCAAGCAACUAUAGAAAUUCCUAUCCAACCAAUGCAACCGAAAGCAAGCUGUUAG